GGUAUUGAACGUGUGGUGGAUAAUAGAGAUUGAUGCUCUCUCACUCCAACAACACUGAAUAAACCCCUCAGACCCUCACCAACAAAACAGCUUUGUACCAAAAAUUGUUUCAUCAUCAUCACCACCCCAACCAAACAAUCAACAUGGCUGCUUCUGACAUCUUCAAGCUUUCAUUCCUGUUGAGUCUUCUGUCAAACCUGAACAUGGGUCUGUGGCCAGACACCCCCCAGAUGAGCUAUGCAGUUUUUCCACCAACAUGCAAUCGCAUAGAGUGCCCCACCUUCCAAACCAUUCAUGUUGGCAAUGGCUUUGAAAUCCGUCGUUACAAUUCCACUGUCUGGAUUUCCACUUCUCCAAUUCAAGAUAUCUCUCUUGUUCAAGCCACCAGGACUGGUUUCCUGAAGCUAUUUGACUACAUUCAAGGGAAGAACAAGUAUGAAGAAAAGAUAGAGAUGACAGCACCAGUGAUCACUGAAGUCUUACCAAGUGAUGGACCCUUUUGUGAAUCAUCAUUUGUUGUCAGCUUCUAUGUUCCAAAGAAGAACCAAGCUGACCCAGCUCCUGCUGAAGGCCUCCAUGCUCAAACAUGGAAACCUACAUAUGUGGCAGUGAGACAGUUCAGUGGCUUUGUAACCGAUACCAAUGUUGGAGAGGAAGCUGCCGCUUUGGAAGCCAGCCUUGCCGGAACAGUUUGGUCCGCUGCCAUUGAAAAGAGCCGCGGUGACAGUUCGGCCACGGUUUACACUGUUGCACAGUACAAUUCUCCAUUUGAGUUUGAUGACAGGGUGAAUGAGAUAUGGUUCCCCUUUGACUUGGAAGAUGAGCUUGCCAUAUAGGUUGACAGAGCAAAAUGAGAUGAUUAUGAUAUAAGACUUUUGAGGAGUUGGGUUAAGCUUCAUGUUGAAAAAUAGGAGCAACUAAUUAUGUGAAAUUUAUGUUGCCACGAAUGUUGUCUAUGACUGAUGGUAAGAAACUCUGCUUUUUGCACUGAAUAAAGUAAGCAUGAUGAAAUAAUUAUUUGGAUA